GUCCGGUGAUGCUGGAUACAGGGUGGGACCGGGUAAAGGGGAGGGAGAUGGCGUUUUCUCGAGCGCUGGCGGUGGCUCCGCUCUCUGAGGGGCUCCGGGCGGCGAGGCUGGGCCUCAGGGCCCUGUGCCAGGCCUCGCUCUUAACCUCCCCGCGGGGCUGGGCUCAGAGUCGGGCUUUGAGCGGCAGAGAGUGGCAGGACGAGCCGGAGGACAAAGAAGCGGAGCUGGAGGAUGAGCUGAUGAGAGCUGAGAGACGGAGACGGAAAGCGAUUAAGUUGAAGCAAAUUCGAGCAGAGUUCGGGUUUUCUGGUCCACCAGAGCGCAGGCUAACACAGGAGGCAAUGCAGCAAAUCAGGUUUUUGAAGGAGGAGUUCCCGGAGGAGUGGACCAUGGAACGAUUGGCAGAAGGAUUUUCUGUGAGUCCGAAUGUUAUUCAGAGAGUGCUAAGAAGUAAGUUCAUACCUUCUGUAAACAGAGCGCUGAAGCAAAAUGCAAAGGCCAAGGCCAAUGCAGGACUUCUGAAACUACCAGACAGAGUGAGGCCACAGACUGCCGUGAUGGAUGUGGGGGACAUGACUGCCGUGGCUCCAGUCAUUCCUGAGUUGAAACUGAGACUGUCCCAGGGGGUAUCAUUAUCUUCUGAAGUUCUUCGCCGUGCACACAAGCUCCCAGGGCAGGAGGCUGGAAAGGGGGUCCCAGUCCCCAUGCUGCCGAGUGGUCUCACACACCUCACUGUUCAGGACAGUCACAGUGACAUAAAACCUCCAAUUGACACAAAACUUGUAAAGCCUGUGGAGCAUGGAGAGAACUCAGCGAGCACCUUCUUCCAGUCUGAUAAGGAGCAGUGGGAUGGUGAGUCACUGACAGAUGAAGUGCUGGAGGAACUUGCGGAGCGCGAAGUUGAAAACUCCAUGAAUGUUAUACGAAAAGGUCUCUCCUUCUAUGACCAGGAAGGAAACUUUCUUUAUAGAAUUCAAACCCGGGAUUCAUCCGACGACCCUGAAACAUGAAACCUAACUUGUGUAGCUAAGUGAUGUGUGCAUCAGUCCUGCCGCCAUUUCAUUAGUUUCUUCAUGAUCUUUACAAGAUCAAAAGAAAAAAUGCCCCUCCACACUUUCCACCCGCUGCUGCUGUCCCUGAUUCCUGGUGGGCAGAUGUUAAUGGCCGCCUUCUGUUACCUCUCCCACAUUAUCAGUUCAUGUGUGAGCCCAGUUGUCUUGGCUAUUCAACUGCUGACCCCAAUCCUGUGAAUCAGCUGAAUCUAUUCAACUGCUGACUCCUAUCCAUCAUAGCCCCAGUCCUGUCCUCUUCUGAUGUCCUCACACAUGCACUUUCCAGAUGGGUUCUCUGGAUGGCGUUCAAGGAAAAGGAACUCUGGCUGAUUUUUCUUCCCCCUAUCACAGAGAUAAAGAAGCCAACUGGAGCAUUGAAUGCUGCCCAUGCUGAGGUCAGCUAGCUGUGACCUGGAGAACCCGGUGACACUUGAUGCAAUUAAAAUGUUUUUUUUAAUGCAUAUUUGCUUUUUGUUCAACUUUUGGAGAUGGAAAGUGAACAAUCUGCUCUCACUGUUAGGGGAAGCAUUCCUGAUGUUGGUGGGCUGAUGUUACAGACAUGCUGGUUACUGGAUGUAAUUUGAUUUAUGUUUGUAAACAUUAUUUUCACAAUAUUACAGCUUUUCAACAUUAAACCUCCUGUAUGCAG